AUAUGAUCACAGGGCAGGUCAUUGUUUCAGUUAAAAGCCCGAAUAAAAAAAGAGAUCAUUGUUUUUCGCUGCUGUUUAGGAUUAAUGUAAACCAACAUUGCCCCUCUGUUGUCAUGAGUGACAAACUUUCACGGAAACUUCAAAAUGCUAACUGGUCCAUGCUACACUGCCAAAGAUUUACCCACCAUAGUGAUCGACAUGAGCGACCGUUCAGUGAGGAAUCGCAGCCGUCGCUUUUCCUUAAGUAACUCUCAGAGCUUUGACCUGCCUGCUGCAGGAUCCCCUGGAUCAAACUCCUCUUCAGACACUGCUUUACUUCACGUCAACCCUGGAACUGCCUCCGGCUCCCUGGAGGAGAGGUUUGCGGGACUCUCACCAGGAAAGGAAUUCUCAAGUGGUUCGGACAGCGAAACCUGUUGUUCAAAUGAUGAUAAAAGCUGCAGCCCAGUGUUAACAAUGGCAUUGCAAGACGCCAGUGAGAAACCUGAAUUGAAGAAGCUAAAUGUGGAAGCCAUUGAAGUGGGUGAGGGUGCAAAAGCAACAAAGGUCAGGAAGGCUUCCGAUAAGAAAGCGCUUAAAAAGUGUGCUGAUGAUAAGAUCCCUCGACUUCUUGUAGCUAUGAAGAGACGCAGCAGGAUCAACACGGACGAGCGACCCUAUACAUGCACCCACUGUCCCUGGGCUUUUAAGAAGCUCUGCAAUCUGCAGAGUCAUCUCCAAACGCACUCUGGCCUCAAGCCACAUGUAUGUGAUAUAUGUGGCAAGUCUUAUUCUCACCAGGGAACGCUGCAGCAGCACAAGCGCCUCCACACCGGUGAAAGACCAUACCACUGCCCUUUCUGUGUCAAGACCUAUAUCUGGUCCUCAGACUAUCGCAAGCACAUUCGCACACACACUGGUGAAAAGCCCUAUGUCUGCGCCUCCUGUGGAAAAGAUUUCAUAAGAUCCUCUGACCUCCGGAAGCAUGAGCGCAACAUGCACAUCAAUGACAAACCGUAUCCUUGCACACACUGUGAGAAAACCUUCAACAAACCUCUGUCUUUGAAACGGCAUGAACGGAAGCACCUAGGCGAGCGGCCUUUCUCCUGCCCUGACUGUGGGCAGACCUUCCGUCUGGCCAGUCGCGUAGCUGAGCACCGGAAGAUUCAUGCCGGCGUGCGUCCCUACGUCUGCCAGGUGUGCUCCAAGGGCUUCACCAAAUCUUCAAACUUAGCAGAGCAUGAGGCCAUUCACAGUGGAGAGCGGCCUCACAAGUGCGAGGACUGCGGCGUGGCAUUCGCAAAGGCAUCCCGGCUGGUGCGUCACCAGUUCACCCACAGCAAAGAGAAACCACACAGGUGCGCAAGCUGCAGCAAGAAUUUCAGUCACAUCCGCACACUGGAGCAGCAUGAGCAGCAGACCUGUGGGGAGAGGAUCUUCGUAUGCGUGGACUGUAACAUGUCGUUCCGGUGUGCUGCCAAACUUUCUCAGCACGUGCUGAAGCACCAGACUGUUUGA